UUCUGAUUUUUCCGGAAAGUUUAAUUAAAAAUAAUUCUGAUUUUUUUCUCUUUUUCUCUAGCAACAUAAGUAAAGAAAACACAGCAAUAUGCAAUUCUGUUGAACUAUCCCAAUUAAUGGAAACUUUAAUAGUAGAGAAUGAUGCAAACGAAUCAAAGAGGCGUUUACACAAAGCAACAAACCAACAAUUUAUAACAGAAGGGAGUGAUAGAGGUUUAGAUGUUAUUUGUGCUCCUGGGGCUUUUAGCUAUAGAAUUGCUACUGAUUUUUUUUGUGAACGAACAAAGGGGAAUAUUACUUGUUUUGUUUAUCAACAACAACCAUAA